CAAUUUCAAUGUCAAAUUUCUAUCAAUUUCAAGCCUAAGUGUUUAUUAUGGUUUAUCCUAAUGAAUGAAAAUAUACUACCAGCGCUAUACGAUAGAUUGUGGUGGAUACCUUUUUAUGGAAACAGAUUUAUGUGGCGUAAAGGAUCCAGUACAUCAACAGUCUUAGUGGAUCUGUAUAACAACCGAAAGAAUCCGAAGGGGGUUCUCUCGAUGUAUCAACUAUAUGUCCGAUACGAUUUCGACUGAAGAUCAAAAUGCCAAAAAAAUUUGUGGGUGAAAACAGCAAAGCGGUUGUAGCUAGAGCAAGGAAAGCAGCUGUCAAAGAAGCCGAAAAUUUAAAAAAAGUUCAAGAAGCUGAAGACAAAGCUUGGGAAGACGAUGAUAAGCAAUUGUUGAAAAAAAAACAGAAACAGGAAGAGAUGGAAAAGAAGCGACUGCAACAACUUGAAAAAAAAGCUGAGGCCAAAGCUCUUCUAGAAAAAGAGUUAGCUGCUAUAAAAAUUGGAGGCAAACAACUUGUUUCAAAAAUAACCAGAGCGGAAAUCAUGUCAGAAACCGAAAAGCGAAAUCAAGUUGCGCUAAAGAAAAAGGAAGUAGAAAAACCAAUUGAAGAAAACCUUAAUCGGGUCGUUUUAGAAGGAGAAUCAGCACAUGGAAUAGACGAAGCUCUUUCAUUAUUAAAUAUGAAAGAUCCAGAAAUCGAUCGUCAUCCAGAAAGACGAAUGAAAGCGGCUUAUGCUAGUUUUGAGGAACAAAUGAUGCCAAUAAUUAAAGAACAAAAUCCGACGUUAAGACUUAGUCAACUAAAACAAAUAUUGAAAAAAGAAUGGAUGAAAUCACCAGAAAAUCCACUCAAUCAAAGGUUUUCAAACAACUAAUUAAUUUAUUUUUGUGUAUUGAAAAAAUGUAAAUGUAGAUAAAAAUUAUUUUGAAUUAUCAUAAAUUAUUCGUUACAGUAAGACAAAUAAAAAAACAUUAUAAUUUAGCUUUGGUAGAUCUUACAAAUCGCAUAAUCAGGUAACUUUGAUGAAUUUCAUAAAAGACUUAUUAACAAAGCAAUACAGAGAUAUUAAACGACAAUUAGUUCAUUCUACCACUCUUAUAAAAUUUUGAUUUGUUUGCAUAAAUACAAAUAAUUCAGCUUGAUGAAUUACUACGAUAAUAACUCGGUCUUUUCCCUAUUAUCAUUGUUUGGUUUAGCAGUGAAGUUCAUUUUCAAUUUAUGUUGAAAAAAUACUUUUUGAAUUGACAGUCAUUUCUCAAGCAUAAACUAUCAGUUGAAGCAGUUAGAGAUGUGUAAUGAAUAGAUCCCGUAAAAAAUAGACCUAAAAAAACGAAUACAAUCAUCUAAUGUUUUUCAUUCGGCAACUAAUUUUAUUCAAUUAUCUUCGAUACUUAAAUUCAAAGGAAAAAAUUACCAAUAAAACUGUGAUUUACUUUU